CCAAAUCGCUUUCUCUCUCUCUUGUUCUCCUCCAAAGGUCGAAGUUUUGAGAGAGAGUUCUCAUGUGGUUUUGUCUCGUCCACCCAAACAAAAUCAAGACUUUUUACACUUCCCUCGUGUUCAUAAUCUAAACAAGACUCUGUUUUCGAAGUUUCGAGACAUGAUGUCGUCUUGUCGGAAUAUAGACUUGGGUGGUACGAGUGUUCUUGAUCUCAUGCCAUGCGGGUGCUCUUCCACCUCUUCUCCUACAACUCGUCGAGUCUUCUUUGGCAAGUGUUCCAAGACUGUUUGUAGUAUUGGUAGCAGAAGCUAUGGAAACUUGGUAUUUCUCCGGCGAGAAUCACAGAGCUGCUGCAGAGCGAUUCCGGCGAAACCCAUUGAGAAUGCUCUGGUCAACGGUCUCGGCGAAGAUAAAACAGUGAUGGUCAAUCUUAGUCAAGAGUCACGAAAGGAGCCGAUAUCUCUGGAGAAUCUGUUUGAGGUUGUGGCUGAUGAUCUUCAGAGUUUGAACGACAAUCUUCUCUCGAUUGUUGGUGCGGAAAACCCGGUUCUGAUAUCUGCGGCUGAGCAAAUAUUCAGUGCUGGUGGUAAGAGAAUGAGACCCGGUUUGGUUUUCCUCGUAUCACAAGCCACUGCUGAACUAGCUGGCCUAAAGGAGCUUACGGUAGAGCAUCGGCGUUUAGCUGAGAUCAUUGAGAUGAUUCAUACCGCAAGUUUGAUACACGACGAUGUCUUAGAUGAAAGUGGUAUGCGAAGAGGAAAGGAAACGGUUCACGAGCUUUUCGGAACAAGAGUAGCUGUAUUAGCUGGUGAUUUCAUGUUUGCUCAAGCGUCAUGGUACUUGGCUAAUCUUGAAAACCUACAAGUCAUUAAGCUCAUAAGUCAGGUGAUCAAAGACUUUGCAAGCGGUGAGAUAAAGCAAGCAUCCAGUUUAUUCGACUGUGACGUCAAGCUCGAUGACUACUUGCUCAAGAGUUACUACAAGACGGCUUCAUUAGUAGCUGCAAGCACCAAAGGAGCUGCAAUAUUCAGCAGAGUCGAAACCGAGGUAGCUGAGCAAAUGUAUCAGUUCGGAAAGAAUCUUGGAUUGUCUUUCCAAGUAGUUGAUGACAUUUUGGACUUCACUCAAUCCUCAGAGCAGCUAGGGAAGCCUGCAGCAAAUGACUUAGCUAAAGGCAACAUAACGGCGCCAGUGAUCUUUGCUCUAGAGAACGAGCCGAGGCUAAGAGAGAUCAUUGAGUCUGAGUUUUGUGAGCCUGGAUCGCUUGAAGAAGCGAUUGAAAUGGUUAGAAGUGGCGGUGGGAUCAAGAGGGCUCAAGAUUUGGCCAAGGAGAAAGCAGAACUUGCUUUGAAGAACCUGAAUUGUCUUCCUAGAAGUGGUUUCAGAUCAGCUCUGGAGGAUAUGGUGAUGUUUAAUCUUGAAAGGAUUGAUUAGCUUCACAGAGUAUGUGGAACUGUAACACUCUUAUUUGUUCAAACACAUAAUUUUUUUACUGUCAUAAAAGUAAUAAUAAAACAGUUAUUUGCCUUCA